AUGAAGCUCCUGGAGCAGAUUCCCGAUGUGAAUUUCUACCGGAUUCCUAGGGGAGAUAAUGGCCAUGCCGAUACUCUAGCAAAAAUUGCUAAGGAAAUGACAUGUCCCCUAGAAGAUUUCAUUGAAAUCAUAGUGCAAGGAAGACAAGUCUUGUCUCAGAUUAACCUAGAAACUCUACAUAAGCUCGAAAAAGAAGAAACAAUAAAUACAGUUACAGACAUCAAUCAAGAUUGGCGCAAGCCAUUAAUAGAGUAUUUGUAUACUGGAAAGCUGCCAGAAGACAAGUCCGAGGCAAAUCAUAUUACAAGAAGGGCUAUGUCUUACGCCCUGAUGGGAAACGUUCUAUACAGAAG